UAAAGCAGCACCUUAAAGGCCCAUUAUGUUUUUGUAGUAUAUGGCCCAAUUAUAACUACUUUCCCAACUACAGUAUAAAAAUGAAAUUUAUUUGUCACUCAAAUAAUAAUAAUAAUCCAUUAAAAAUAUAUAUAUAUGGCGGAGGAGAGAAGAGUCCCAUCAUCGGUGUCGGUCACAGUCGCCCACGACCUUCUUCUAGCCGGCCAUCGCUAUCUAGACGUCAGGACUCCAGAAGAGUUCAGGCAAGGACAUGCCUGUGGGGCGAUCAACGUACCUUGCAUGAAUCGAGGAGUAUCAGGGAUGUCAAAGAACCCUGACUUCCUGGAACUAGUGUCCUCCCAUUUCGGACAAUCCGACAACAUCAUUGUUGGCUGCCAGAGCGGUGGUAGAUCUAUCAAAGCCACCACCGAUCUUUGCAU